GGUCACAUGACCGUUCUGCGCAUGUGCAGAGAGUAGCAUGUGAGUGAGUGCAGAGAGGCAAAACGGCUAUUGAAAGAAUUAUGUCAAAGAUGUAAAGGUUUGACCUUCUGUGCGAUGGGUAACGCGAUUUGUCGUCUUUGAGUGUAAGGCUGUGAAUUAGAGAUACAAGGAUGAAGGUGGCAGUAGAAGGCUGUUGUCAUGGAGAGCUAGAUAAAAUCUAUGAGAGCAUCAGUUACCUGGAGAAUAAAGAAGAUGUGAAGGUGGAUCUGCUGCUUUGCUGCGGAGACUUCCAGGCUGUCAGAAAUGAAGGAGACAUGAAGUGCAUGGCGGUGCCUGCCAAAUACAGACACAUGCAAACUUUCUACAAGUACUACUCUGGUGAGAAAAAGGCUCCUGUCCUGACAAUUUUCAUUGGCGGAAACCAUGAGGCAUCAAACCACCUGCAGGAGCUACCAUACGGAGGAUGGGUGGCCCCCAACAUCUAUUACCUGGGUUAUGCUGGCAUUGUACGCUUUAAAGGUGUACGGAUUGGUGGUCUUUCAGGAAUAUUCAAAUCCCACGAUUACAAGAAAGGACACUUUGAGUUACCGCCAUACAGCCCAGAAACCUUGCGCAGCGUGUACCACAUAAGGAACAUUGAUGUCUUCAAACUUAAACAGAUCAAGAUGCCCAUAGACAUCUUCAUGACACACGAUUGGCCACGAGGCAUUUAUCACUACGGCAACACAAACCAGCUUCUCCGCCAGAAGAAGUUCCUCAGACAGGAAGUGGAGAGCAGUACCUUGGGCAGCCCUGCUGCUGCAGAGCUUCUAGACCACCUGCAGCCCACCUACUGGUUUUCAGCUCACCUGCACGUGAAGUUUGCUGCACUGAUGCAGCAUGAGGCUAAGAAUAAUGCUGCCCCAAAGAUCACCAAGUUUCUCUCACUUGACAAGUGUCUUCCACAUAGAGACUUUCUUCAGAUUGUGGAGGUAGCAGACAGACCGGGCUCCUCUGAGCACCUUGAGUAUGAUCCAGAAUGGCUGGCCAUCUUAAAAGCGACAGACAACCUUCAGAAACCAUCCUGCAAUUUCUGGAACCCCCCACAAGACAAUGGACUACACACUCGGUGGGAUUUCAGUGCAUCAGAGGAAGCUAUGAUGAAAGUUGUGAGUGAUUUGAGCGGUGACCUUUGCAUCCCUGAAAAUUUCAGCCUGACAGUGCCCGCCUAUGACCCCAGCCGCCCUCAACCCAAUGCCCACCCGGCCUACUCCACCAACCCCCAAACCACAGAGUUGUGUGCCACCCUCAGUUUGACAGACAUCUACAUCCUGGCUGGGCAGAGUGGGCAGGCUUAUGGAGAGGAGGGCGCCACCGGUGCGACUGAAGAAGAGGAGGAUGAGGACAGCACAGGGAGCGUAGACGAACCCAGCGAGUACCCCACUGACACCUCCGGCCUCUCCAGCUCCUACAACCCUGAUGAAAUCACCAUUGAGGAUGAAUGGGAGGAGGUAGAGGAUGAGGGAGUAGAAUGUGCCGAGGGGAAAGGGACAGACGCAGUGGUUCCAGAAGGGCAGGUGGGGAGCCAGGACAGUGAUAGAGACAGCAGUCCCCAGCGAGAGACGGCUAAUAGACUGAUCUUACCGCCCCCGUGUACUGCACCAGAAUCGGAGGCUCCACUACGCUCCUUGCGGCCUCUUUCUCUUCCCCCUCCUUCAGCAUCCCUCUCUCAGGGCAGCUCAGAAGAGGAGGGGAGCUUCACUUCAGCCAGGGUCCCCAAACGCAACAGCGGGGAGACGACACAGGGGUUAGCAAGUCACACGGGUGGCACACCUCAAAUCAAACGGAGAAACCAGAGUAUCUACACCGCAGUAGAGGAUGAGGAGAGUGAGGGCUAGAUAAAUGCAAUUAUAUUUUUCGAUCAGCUAAUUACUACCAAGUAUGAUCUGCCGGAUAGUUUGCUGUCUUUUUAUGAGUCUGAAGAGUUGAACGGGUUACUAGACCGAUAACAUAAAUCAUCAUAUGCUUGGUAACUACUGUUUUUAAAGAACAGUUUUUUUGUUGUUGUUGUUGUUUAUGAGUGUGAGGAGUUAAAGAAAAACUAUUUCCAGAAAUGUCAAGGUUUGGAACAACCAAUUUUCUUUGUAUUUUCAUGUGUAUAAAGUAACACCACAACCGUGAAUUUUUAUCUUGUAUUUGUCAUUUAUUUUCCGUUGUGAUGAGUUUUAAUGAUCUGUUCCUUUCUAUAUUUUUAGCCAAAUAUAUCACUUCACACUGAGUAGUUUACUCUGUCUUGGCUGUUAUUUUAUUAGCUUUGUGGUGAUUGAUUUGGCUUUACCAUUUUAUUGUAAAUAAAUCAAAGUCUAAAUAAUAUAUGAUCCUGAUGUCUUAUUUUU